AUGUUUUUAAACAAACUUCUUAUUAAAAGGUCAAUUUAUUAUUAUCUAUCUAUCUAUCUAUCUCAUAUUGUGUUCAAAUAUUAUUCAUAUCUAUUUAUUUAUCUAUCUAUCAUCUAUCUAUUUACUAAAUAUUAUCAUAUUCAACUAUCUAUCUAUCUAUCUAUUUAUAUCUAUCUAUCUAUUCGUAUCUAUCAAUUUAUUUAUAUAUAUCUAUCUAUCUAUUCUAUCUAUCAAUAUUAUUCGUAUCUAUCCAUCUAUCUGAUCUAUCUAUCUAUCUUGUGCAUCUAUCUAUUUCAUUAUCUAUAUAUUAUCUAUCAUUUCUAUUCAUAUCUACUAUUUAUAUUAAAAUUUUAUAUCUAUCUAUCUAUCUAUCUAUAUCUAUCUAUCUCAUAUCUAUCUAUCUAUCUAUCAAUCAAUCUAUCUAUCACUCUUCUGUUCAUAUGUAUCUAUCUAUCUUUUGUAGCUCACCCGCUCCCAUCUAUCUAUCUAUCUAUCUAUCUAUCUAUCUAUCUAUCUAUCUGUCUAAUUAUGUCAGUCUGCUCAUAUCUAUCUAUCUAUCUAUCUAUCUAUCUAUCUAUCUAUCUAUCUAUCUAUCUAUCCAUCUAUUAUAUAUCAUCUAUCUAUCUAUUCACAUCUCAUCUAUCUAUCUCAUUCUAUCUAUCUAUCUAUCUAUCUAUCUAUCUAUCUAUCUAUCUAUCUAUCUAUCUAUCUAUUUCUAUUCAUCUAUCUAUCUAUCUAUCUAUCUAUCUAUCUAUCUAUCUAUCUAUCUAUCUAUGUCUAUUGGAUAUCUAUCUAUCUAUCUAUCUAUGUCCCUAUUUAUAUCUAUCUAUCUAUCUAUCUGAUAUAUAUCUAUGUCUAUUUAUUUCUCCCUGUCUAUUCAUAUCUAUCUAUCUAUCUAUCUAUCUAUCUAUCUAUCUAUCUAUCUAUCUAAUUAUGUCAGUCUGCUCAUAUCUAUCUAUCUAUCUAUCUAUCUAUCUAUCUAUCUAUCUAUCUAUCUAUCUAUUUAUAUCUAUCUAUCCUGUCUAUUUUUAUCUAUCUAUCUAUCUAUCUAAUCUAUCUAUCAUCUAA